AUGGCUUGUCAUUUUGUUAAUGAAUAAGAAGUUCUUGAAUAUGCUUCAAUGACUAGUUCUCAUCAUGAUGAUGGUUCUGAGAAUGAUAGUCAAAGUGAAGAUGCAAGAUAAUCUAAUCAAAUAAAAAAUCCUAUACUUCUAAAUUCUGAAUCAUAAUUUUCUGAGAGUGACUUAUCAAAUAAAAUUAAAUUACCUAGAGGAGGAAGUGUUAUAAUGACAAAAGUUGGUGCAAUACAAUUCAGUAUGGUUCCUGAAACAUUGAAAGAUAGCAUCAAUUUAGGUUUGGAUGUACCAGGUAUAUUUAUUGUACCAUCACAUCGAUUUGAUAAAAGAUUUUGUUUAUCUGUUGCAGAAUUUGAAUUUCCAACUUAUUUUAGUUUUUUUGUAAAGAGAAAGAGAGUAACACUAAUAACUGAUAAGGAAGGAGAAGAAGCAAUUAGAACAAUAUUUUAAGAAACUUUGUUAGGACCAAAAGAUUUUUAAAAAUUUGAUUAAGAUUUUAGCAAUGAUUAUAAUUGUAAACCAGAUAUAGUGAAAGAAUUAGGACAUUUUGCAAAGAAUCCGUUUAAUCCUAAUGAACCAUUGACUGUAGAUUUAUUAAUAAAUUUUUUAAUUUUUGAUGAAUAAAACCAAGUAAAUUUAGGUUAGGAUGUAAUAGUAAAAAAAGUAGAUUAGAAAUUUAUUAUAUAUGAAAAUGGAAAAUAGAUAGCUAAGAUGAAAAAUAAAGUUGAAAUUAUGAUAGAUGAUGUUAAAUCAAAUGCAUAUAUAAAAUAUGGAUUAUUUAGUAAUCCUAAUGAUUAAUAAUAUAUUGAACAUUAUUUUGAAUAGACAUUUACACCUCCUAUUUUUGGAGUAACAGUUUUAGGUUGUUCACAUGGAUUUGAUCCAAAAGGAUCAGUAUCAGGUUAUAUUUUUUGGAUAAAUGGUUUAGGUGUGAUGCUUGAUCCACCUCCAUUUACAACACUACUUUUGAGAAAAAAUGGAAUACCAAGUAGAUUAGUAAAAUGGGUAAUUAUAUCACAUAAUCAUGCUGAUCAUGAUGCAGGCACAUUUUAAAAAUUAUUAGAAUCUGAAAAAACAAUAUUAAUUAGUACUGCAACAAUAAAAGAGAGUUUUGUAAGAAAGUAUGCAGCUAUGACUGCAUUUUCAGUAGAUUAUAUUGAAUCACUUUUUAAUUUUGAAAGAGUUAUAGUAGGAACCCCUUUAAAAAUAAAUGGAGCUUAAUUUGAAUUUCAUUAUUCAUUACAUAGUAUUCCUUGUUUAUCUUUUACAGUAAGAUUAGGUGGAAAAUCAAUCUAUUUUAGUGGUGAUACAUUCUAUGAACCAAAUGGAUUAAAAACAAUAUUUGAGAAAGGAGUAAUUUCAGAAUCUAGAUACAAUUAUUUGAUGAGUGAAGAUAAAUGGAAGAAUUCACUUAUCUUACAUGAAGCUGGUGUACCUCCUAUUCAUACUCCUGCAAAAUUAUUAGCAUAAUUACCACAAGAAGUUAAAGAGAAAUUAAGAUUGAUUCAUACUGCAGCUAAAGAUAUCCCUUCUGAUUCUGGAUUAAGAGUUCCAGGAGUAGGAUUAGAGAAUACUAUAGUUUUAAUUUAAUAAUCUGAAGAUUCUAGAUUAAAUACAAUAUAAGAAUUAAGUUUGAUUGAAAAUAUUGAUUUAUUUAAACAUGCUAAUAUUCAUUAAGUAAGAUAGAUUUUUGAGAGUUCAACUAUUAAGAAUUAUGAAUAAAAUUAAAAUAUAUGUAUUUAAGAUGAGAUAGGAAAUGAAUUUUAUAUAAUUCGUAAAGGAACUGUUAAAAUACAUUCUGAUAAUCCUGUUUUUGUGAAAUAUAUGCAUUAUGGUGAUUAUUUUGGUGAAGGAUGUUUCUUUAAUUAAAAUAAAAGAAAAGCUAAUGCUACAGCUAUGAAUUAAUGUUAAUUAAUUACAUUAAGUAAAGAAGACUUUUUAAGAAUAUUUUAAUAUGGUGAAGUGAUGCAAAAAUUAGAGAAUCUUUAAGUUGUUCGUUCAUAAAUAUAAAUAAUGGAAAGAAAUAAAUUCUUUUCUUAAUUAACAUCUUAUUAAAAGAUUCAAUUAGAAAUGUUAUUAAAUUAAAAAAGAUUUUUCUAAAAACAUUCUAUGAUUCAAUAAUAUGGUGUUAUGGCUACUGUUGCAUUUUUUGUAGUUUCUGGUAAAGCAUAAGUUAUUCUACCAUCUGAUUAUGUUGUAUAAUAAUAUGAAGGAUAAUCUGUAAAAAUUAAUAGAUAAGAAUCAACUACAAGUGAUCAUACUAAAUAAUAAUAAUAAUAAUAAAUUAUUGAUUAAAAAAAGAAGAGACUCUCUUUACCUAUCAAUUUAGCUAUGCUUGAAUAAUAAAAACCAAGUAUCUAAACACCAGAAAUAUCAGAAAAAUCAUCAAUAAAUGAAAUAAAAGUAAAAUCAUAUACAUUAUUAUUUAGACUUAUCCUUUAACAAGUGGAAUGUUCUUUGGAGAAAUUGAUUCUAUUGUUAAAAACAAAAGAACUACUACAAUUGUUGAGGCUGUAGAAGAUACUGAAAUUAUCAUCUUAGAAUCAUCAUCAUUAAGAUCAUUUUUAGCUGACAAUCCUGGAUUAAUGGUACUCUUUUAAGAGAGUAUUAUUAUAGAAUGA